AUGAUAAAAACCUCUGAAAAAACCUCGGUCUAUGCUUUGAAAAGCAACAACAACAAUAACAGCAUAAAUAAGGAUUCCAUCAAUGCCCUCUCAACCAACAGUAAAGCUAAUGAGGUUCUUCAUUACACAAGGAAUGGUGUUUCCUCAUCGGAAAAGAAAAAGGUCAUAAAUGUCAUUCAUCGGAUUGAUUCUGCAGAUUCAGGAAGUGUCCUGACAAAUAGAACCAAUUCCGGUGGUAGUAGAGCCAGCUCAGCAUCGAGUACUUCUUCUUCUUCGUCAAGUCGCUCCUCAGACCACAUGUCAUCAACGCAAAAAAAUGGAAAGAGCUCGGAACAGAGCAAAUCAUCCAAACAAGCAGCGGAGAAACAAACACCAACAAAAACAAUCGCAAAACCAUAUAAAUCACAAUCGGAAAGAAUCAACAAUAAUUCGUUGAAACAAAAGUUACCACAGGAAGUAUCAUCACCAAAAAAUAAGAAUGAAUCAACUCUACCCAAGAAAGACACAAAACAAGAAGUAGUUGACACUACUCAAACACUGGAAUUGCGUCAUCAGAAGUUAUCAUCGUUUCCAGAAGCUCACCUUGUAAAGACUGAACUUGUCAAGCUUGAUAUUUCGUUUAAUUCAUUUUCGGAUCUUGAAAUGCUUUCUAAUUUCCCAAAACUUGUUUCAUUCAAAGCCAUGUAUAACAAAUUAAAAACUUUGGAUGGAAUUGAAUUAUGUGAACAAAUCAAAGAUUGCAACAUAACUGGAAAUGCAAUUGAGGAUGUGUCAAAGUUGGCAUUUUGCAAGAAACUAGAAACACUAUCAUUGGAUGGAAACAAAAUUGCAAGCUUUCCUUCGCUGAGCUCUUUAAAGUGUCUGACUUCUCUUUCUGUUGACAAUAAUUGCUUGAAGACAUUCGAUGGAAUUAGCGGGCUUGAAAAUCUGACCACUUUUUCUGCAGCAAGAAAUUACUUUGAAAAAUUGACUGGACUCGGAAAAUGUAGAUUUAGGUCCAGUCUACUUGAGCUCGAUUUAUCUUUUAAUAUGCUGGAUAAGGCAGACUUUGCAUGCCUUCCUACGUUUGACAAGCUAGAGCUAUUAGAUCAAGUCCUCAAAAGAGAGCAAACGAGCUUGAAAGAGGCUGAAGAAGUGAAGGCCCUCUUUUUGAAUCUUGAAAAACAAACACGAAAGCUGGAAAAAACAUUUGAGAACUCAUUGCAUCGUUUGGAUGCAAACUUAAAUGAAAUCAAAAAGGGAAUAAUAUUUGAAUUGGACAUUGAGCGGAAAGAAUCUGAAUCAUUUGUUGACUUGGACCCACAAAACAUUGAUGCACGUUCAUCCCAAACUCUUGACCUUAACGAUAUUAGGAAGUCCAUGAACAGGAUCGAAAAGAAACCGAUAUCAAAAGCGGAGGACGUUCAGAUCGUGAAUGUUCGGAAAUCUCUGAAUCACAUUGAAAGAAUACGAGCUGCACAACACUACUCUAAAACUGCUGAAGUGGACAAUAAGGAAACUAGUAACCUUAAUGCUGAAUUUAUAGAUGAUUCACGUUUCGUCGGCGGUGGGCAUUCUGUAAACGACGCAAGUGAGAAGGUUGCAAACGAAGUCGAACAGUUUCUUCAUUUACUCAACUCAAAAACCGCUGAAAGAAAAGGUCCACCCAGCUCAAGUGGUCUUAAAGUUCGAAGAAAACAAAAGGAUUCGUGA